UACUGUCCGUUCACAAAGUGUUACAUUUGUAUAUCUCUACUAGCAUUGAGUCAGAAGCCACUUUGCUCUUGGGUGCUAAAUAAGAUAGGAAAUACUAAUAUCGCACAAUGCGCCCCUACAAGAAAGACGCUUUUAAGGCACAGGAGUACAUUGGGUUCUCGGCCCAUGCCCUUCUCUGUGAGGAUGACAACGACCAAUCACUAAACUCCCAUGAGCAGCACGACCUAGUUUUCCUCACAUAUCGUAAGGCACAUACUUUGCUCCAGGCAGGAAAGUUGUGUAUGAGACGUAUGCACUAUUAUUGCGCAAAAAGCGCCUUUCAGAAAGCGAUAAGCUGCUUGAAAAAUUGCAAAAUGACCAAUCUCGAACAGCAGAGCCGUAAAAAAGGGAUGCUGAUCGCCCUUUUCGAAACCUUGAUGAUCUGCCUUAACAAGAUGAAGCGGUAUAGGUGCGUCUGCCAUGUGAUGAAGGACCUUCGUCUCCUGACCAUCAAUAAUCCUUCGGCUUUGGCGCUCUGUCAGCAUGGUCGUGCCCUUAGCCACUUGGGUAAAUACUAUCCAUCACUUUUGUGCUACUUGAAGGCGCUGAAAAAAAGUCCCGGAGACAAGAGUAUUAUAAAUAAGAUUACCAGAAUCAACAAGAGAAUCAACGAUAUUGAGGAGACCAAUCAGAUGCUUUCUCAGCUGUCUAUAUAACAAUAAAAUCUACGCAAAUCUCGAUAUAUAAAGCAAUAAGCUAUCAGUUCAUAACAAAUAUCUUUAUCAGAUGCCUUCUCAGCUGUCUAUAUAACAAUAAUAUCUACUCAAAUCUCGAUGUAUAAAGCAAUCUAUAUAAGCAAUCAGUUGACAAU